UGAUUAUAAUAUCCAAGAGGAAUGAACCGAUCACAGGCACUAAAACGGAAACAGCCAGAAUCAAGUUCUCCAGCUCAAUCUGUGACGGAACAUGAACGCACCCUCUAUAAUGUGAUAUGGAGCAAACAAGAUAUGGGAAUUUGGACACGAGACAUGAAACGGGAAACCAACCUUCCUGACAAUGUGGUAAAUAAAUCCCUAAAGGUACUUCAGGCCAAGAAUUUGAUAAAAGAGGUGGUAAACAUUCAAAACAAGGGGAGGAAACAUUACAUGGCAACAGAAUUUGAACCAUCAAAGGAAAUAACUGGAGGGGCAUGGUAUGUUGAAGGGAACCUCGAUACGGAGUUCAUAAAGCUCUUGAAAGAGGUCUGCACCAAGCAAGUACUUAAGCUGAAAGUUGCUACAUUGGAAGGAAUUACCGACUCGAUCAAAAGGAGCGGAAUCUUUAAUACUGAAUUAACAAAAGAGCAAAUUGAAGAGAUUGUGAAGGCAUUGGUUUUAGAUAAUGCACUCAUAGAAGUUAAGAGUAAUGGAAUGGGAGAGUUUAGUUUUAUUCCAAUUGGAAAAGUUUGUUAUAAAUGCGUUGGUAAGGGAAGCACUGGAGGAGAGCCAAGAAUUGGGGCAAUGGCUUCCAUUCCAUGUGGAGUUUGUCCGCGUAUAAGUCAAUGUACACCUGAUGGUAUUAUCUCUCCACAAACUUGUGUCUACUAUAGCAAGUGGUUGGAUUUUUGACUCCAUUGUGUUCAGCUGCAGAUAUUAUUGCUUUGUUUUGCAUUAUCUGAUGCCCCCAAAAUUUCAUCUUUGGAUACCAAUUGCAAUGCGAAUAUGCCUUAUCAUAAGUUUGCAACA